UCAUUUUGUUCUCUGUUUCAAAUCCAUCAUGUCACAUGUCAUUCUGUUACUUGGACUUCUGAUAGUAGCUUACUUUAGUGUUUCUCAAGCUGAAAAUGCCUUUUCACAGUAUUGGGAAGAGCAUAUUGGUCUUCCACACCCUCCACAUUGGUUAGCAGCAAAGACUUCUCCACUAAAUCGUUAUCAAACAGAAGUGUUUAUGAAACUUAUGGAGGAAAAUGAAUUAUCUUCCCACCUAAGUUUGUUUUGUAAGCAAGCUAAUAUUGCUUGUUCUACAAAUGCACUGAUGGAGAAGACAAUUGACAACACAACCCUACCACCAAUAGCCCAGUGGAAUGCAGCCAAAAUGAAAUAUGACCUCCCAAAUGACGCACCCCUUUCGGUUGCCAAUCAAGGGGGAUUGCCGUAUUUCCGAGAGUUGAUGGUAAAAGAGGGAGGUUUCAUGCCUAUCCCUGAUCUAAGGGACCCAAUGUCAUAUAAAUCGUUCUUGCCGCGACUUCUGGCAUUAAAAAUUCCAUUAUCUCUUGCCCGAAUUGAGGAAUUAAAGAAGCUUUUUGGUGUGGUAGAUGAAUCAAAUAUGGAUGAGUAUAUUCGAUACACCCUCGAGAUAUGUGAGAAGAAACCCAUUCAAGGUGAGCAGAGCACCUGUGCAACAUCCGCCGAGGUUCUUGUUGAUUUUGUUGUCGAAAAAUUAAGACACCAUGUACGCAUAUGGAGUACUGAGAGCAUCGAAGGAUCAUAUGAGAAUGUCACAAUUGGAUCUGUGAAACUCAUCCAUGGAAACCUCUCUGAACCUCCAGUUUUAUGUCAUAGUCAGCCAUUCCCAUUUCAAGUCUAUUAUUGUCAUGUUUUACCGAAAGUAAAAGUAUAUGUAGUUGAUAUACAUGCUAGGAAGAAAGUGAAUCAUGCAAUCAUGGCAUGUCACUAUGAUACAUCAACAUGGAAUCCAAACCAUCUUGCUUUUAAGCUGUUAGGUUUUGGCCCAGGCCUAAUUGAAGUCUGUCAUUGGAUAAAUGAGAAUGGAGUGGUCUUUACAAAGAUAGUAGGUUGAACAGCAUUUUGAAGAUUUGAUU